ACCAGCAGACAAGCCAUGGCUCCACGGCACCGGCAACGAAGACACAAGAAGUCUCCCCCAGCAAAGGCUCCUUUGGCUGUGACCCCUGUGCCUCUUGCCCUCUCAAAACCUGGCCCCAGCAUUGAUGCACUUGGCUUCUCCUCCUUGGAGGAAAAUGUUCCUGGACUCUCCCAGCUGAUUCUUCAAAAGCUGAACAUGAAAAGCUAUGAAGAAUACAAACUGGUGAUAGAUGGUGGUACUCCUGCAUCAGGCUUUGGAUUUCGAUGCCCUCAAGAAAUGUUCCAGAAGAUGGAGGACACAUUCCGAUUCUGUGCUUACUGUAGAGCACUUCCUAACACGCUUUCAGACUCCAAGGUUCUCCGACACUGCAAGAGGUGCAGAAAUGUCUAUUACUGUGGCCCAGAGUGCCAGAGGUCAGAUUGGCCAGCGCACAAGAAAGUUUGUCAAGAGCUGCGUCUUGUAGCUGUGGACCGUCUCAUGGAAUGGCUUCUGGUCACAGGAGAUUUUGUCUUACCCUCAGGACCUUGGCCAUGGCUGGCUGAAGCUGUGCAGGGCUGGGACACCUGGUUUUCUCUGCGGCGUUUACAGCUAGAUGCUACAAUGGAUGCUGUGCUAGGUAGUCAUGCCAUGACCACACUGUGGGCCAGUGCAGGAAGGCCGAGGCCAGACCCAGAUGUUCUCCAGGGCUCUUUGAAGCGACUCCUGACAGAUGCCCUGUCACGGCCCUUGACGCUGGGCUUUGGGCUUCAGGCCUUGGGGAUAAAUGUUAAGAAGAGUGGAGGAAGCACAGUGCAUGUAGUUGGUGCUUCCCAUGUGGAGACAUUCCUCGCUCGCCCCGGGGACUACGAUGAGCUUGGUUACAUGUUUCCUGGACACCUUGGCUUCCAUAUAAUAAUGGUGGGUGUAGAUGUUGCUGCUGGCUUUUCACAAAGCAUCUCAACUUCACCACUGGAACCUGGCACAGUUCAGCUUAGUGGCCAUAGGGGCCUCUACCAUAACUUCUGGGAGGAGCAGGUAGAGACUGGGCAGACAGCCCAUCCAGAUUUGGUGGCGGCAUUCCAUCCAGGUUUUCAUGCUUCCCCGGACUUGAUGGAGGCUUGGCUGCCCACCCUUCUGCUCCUUCGUGAUUAUGAGAUCCCGACAUUGAUUACUGUUUACAGCCAGGAGGAGUUGGCAGCCUCUUUGCAGAUUCUGGUGGACCUAAAUACACACAUCAUCGCCUAUGGAGCCAACCCUUUCACGUCCCUCAAACCUGAACAGGUCUAUUCCAACCCCAACAAGCAGCCAGUGUAUUGCAGUGCCUACUAUAUCACAUUUCUUGGAAGCUCCUGCCAGCUGGAUGAGAGGCAGUUGGAAGAGAAAAUAGAUGGUGGAGUUUAA